GGUCGACGGGCGAUCAGGAAGGCUCGUGGCCUAGGCCAAUGGCCCACAUUGCACUUGGUGGGCGCGUUGGCUUACCAUCUCCCCGAGUGGGAGAGUGGACGUCAUAAUUUGUGAUAGAGGGGGUACGCGUUCGCGCGGCCCCUGCCAAAUUUCAAGGAUUCUUGAUGUGCAAGUUGCAAAAAUAGUUCGGUCUCAAUUCUGGUGGAAAUGGUCCUCCACUCGAUGUGCAGAUUCCUCGGUGCGCCUUUCUCUCGGAGGAGAGGGGAAAGGAGGGAGGAGCCGGGGUCGGGGAAGGCCAUGGCGCGGGGCGUGGCGUACGUGUCGCCGGCGAAGCUGCUGGCCAUGGCCCGCGGCAACCCCCGCGUGGCCAUCAUCGACGUCAGGGACGAGGAGAGGAGCUACCAGGCGCACAUCGCGGGGUCGCACCACUUCUCCAGCCGCAGCUUCGCGGCGCGGCUGCCGGAGCUCGCGCGUGCCACCACCGACAAGGACACCCUCGUCUUCCACUGCGCCCUCAGCAAGGUGCGAGGUCCGUCCUGUGCCAAGAUGUUCUCCGACUAUCUAUCUGAGAACAAGGAAGAAUCAGGGAUAAAGAACAUCAUGGUGCUGGAACGUGGGUUCAAUGGAUGGGAGCAUUCAGGACAACCCGUUUGCCGGUGCACUGAUGCCCCUUGCAAAGGCACAUGCCCACCAGAACCUGAGCCUGAAUCUGAGUUAUAACUCUAUUCACCUCCUGAAUGUGAAUGAUCAGCAAGGUUGGCAGUCGAUCUCCAAUGCUGCAUUUGGUCCGUUUUGCCUCAUGAGAAAUAUCACACGUCACAAUGUACUGCACUGCAAUGCCACUUUGUGGACAAUUUCACCUGAUACAUGAGUUGACUACCCCAACGGUAGUGCCAGAUAAACCACGGGUACUGAAUUACUGAGAGUCUCAAGACUCAAACUGCAUGUACUCCUAUUACACUGUCUCUAAUCGUUGGCUCGUCAAUCCUCACAGUGUACCACUGACACGAUGCGUAUGGAUUUAGAUCCUCUACCAUUAUGUUAGAUCCUCCUAUCGGUCUGAAUAUUAGUGAGUGUAAUGGUAUUACUAUAAUAAUAAAGGAUGUGAAUCCUAGUGUGUA